AUGGUCUCCGAUGAUUCAGCUCAGCAGCCUCAUGGAAAUACCGGCGCGUCCCUUUUGCCAGCCUACCUGUUAGCUGAAAGGUCCAAGAUCAACUGUAUGCUUGUCUCUCUGCUGCUUGUCUACCUACACGGCCACCUUCACAGCUCGGGACCCCGCGAGCCAGCCCUCAACGACGCCUUCACCGACCAGCACCACAAGGACUCGCCUGCUAGUAGUUGUGUAUGUCUUCUACCGACGCCUCGCAAACAACCAGACCCGACUCGGGAGAGGCCCACAAUGACGGUCGGAUUCGAGAAAACACGGCUGAGCUCAUCGGCGGAGCAGAGCAACAACAAAGCCGGGUCGGAGAAGCUGAACCAGAGCGCCGGCACAGACACCGAUGAAGCUUCCUCGCUAGCCGAUGAUCCCUUUGCCGCAGGCGAUGUCGAUACCGACGACGACACAAACAAUGCUGCCCCCAGCGUUGGAGCUACCGACAUUCAACAGAGCCAGGCCCUUGGUUCACAUGAUGUCCUGUCGGCUUCCACCGCAACUCUGAAACCCUCGACUCCACCUGCUGCCACAACGGCCACCCAGUACCUCAACAUCGAAUCAACAACCUACGUGGACCCUACUCCUCGUACCCCGACGACCUCGUUACCGCCCUCUCGAACUCCGUCUAAUGCUGCGCGCCCGUCUACCGAGGCCAGCUCGCCCGGCCGGAUAGACACCAGCUACGAUGACCGGCGCUACCAGAGUGAGGACGAGCAGGAGAAGGGUUCAAGGUCGGAGAUCCAGAGUAUCAUGGAGCAAUUCAGCGAAGAGGGCGGUGGCCCAGGCGAAGACGAAGUCAUGAGCCCGCGACUUGAGAUCGCAUCUCCCCUCCUCGGCGGCGCUGUCCAGCAUCCUCCCCGGAAAUCAAGCCUGGAGCCGCUCGCUCCCACCAUCGCCCAGCAGAUCCAGGAUCUUCAAGGUCUGAGGAUGGCCCCCUCUUCCAGUAGCUUGAGGUCAAAGCACAAAGAGCCUGAAGACCAAGGCCCCCCGGUGCCGCCCAAGGACAAUAUGCCGUCAUUUGCACAUGACGAGCGCCAUGGCAGCAUCGACUCUCCCUUGUCGCCGACAGUCUCUCUACACCGACCCCCUCCACCAGACCCCGAACCCGAGCCAUCUCUCCCCUUCGACUUUCACCGUUUCCUCGAGCAGCUCCGCAACAAGAAAGCUGAUCCGGUAGCACGGUACCUCAAGUCGUUCCUGUCCGAGUUUGGAAAGCGCCAGUGGAUGGUCCACGAGCAGGUCAAAAUCAUCAGCGAUUUCCUGGCCUUUAUUUCCAACAAGAUGGCUGUCUGCGAGGUGUGGCGCGAUGUGCCAGAUGCGGAGUUUGACAAUGCUCGGGAAGGCAUGGAGAAAUUGGUCAUGAACCGGCUGUAUUCGCAGACUUUCUCUCCCGCCAUCCCGCCCCCCCAGCCCAUACCAGGCGCCAAGUCCAAGAAGCGUGGCGGCGAACGUCUUAUGGGGCCCGGGCGUCGGGGUCAACACCAGGAGGAUGUGGAGAGAGAUGAGGUCCUCGCCCAGAAGGUCAACAUCUACGGAUGGGUCAAGGAGGAGCACCUCGACAUCCCCCCUGUUGGUGAUAGUGGGAAACGGUUCCUAAAGCUUGCACAACAAGAGUUGCUGAAGAUCAAGUCAUAUCGUGCCCCGCGAGACAAGAUCAUCUGCGUUCUCAACUGUUGCAAAGUUAUUUUUGGUCUUUUGAAGCAUGCCAAGUCGGACUCGUCUGCUGAUUCCUUCAUGCCAUUGCUCAUAUAUGUCGUCCUCCAAGCGAAUCCGGAACACCUGGUCUCAAAUGUUCAAUACAUUCUUCGUUUUCGAAACCAGGAGAAGCUUGGCGGUGAGGCUGGCUACUACCUCUCGUCUCUAAUGGGCGCUGUACAGUUCAUCGAGAACAUGGACCGGACUACUCUCACGAUAUCGGACGAAGAGUUUGAGCAGCAUGUGGAGGCUGCAGUCUCCGCAAUUGCGGAAAAGCACCGGUCCGAGUCACCACCGCCGCCCCCUCCGCUGUCAGAGAAAGUUGGCCUCAUUCUCCAGCCGUCAGUGGCUGGGGAAAGUUCGUCCAGUCGGCCGUCAAACGAACUAUCGGGUGGUCUCCCAUCUCCGCGAAGAUCUACAUCGUCAGAAGGCCCCGAAGACGAGAAGGCUGCUAUUACCGGCCUCUUGCGCACGAUUCAGAAGCCUCUCAGCACCAUUGGUCGGAUCUUCUCGGAGGAGGCGCCUUCAACGCCGCCGCCGCCGCCGCCGCCCACUGGUAGUCGCAGCCCAGCUCACACGCCGGUUCCCGAGGGCGAUCAGGGGCCGAGGCCGGCGUCGAAGCACAGCUUGUCGGCCGAAGAAGCAGCUGCGAGACAGGCGAGUGCCGAGGCCGCAGAAGCUCAGCGAUUAUCGCGCGCUGAGCACGCCAAUGUUGUCGAGACUCUUGCUGGCAUGUUCCCGGACCUUGACAAGGACAUCAUCAGCGAUGUGGUCUAUCAGAAGGAGGGAAGAGUUGGUCAAGCUGUUGACGCUUGUCUCGCACUCUCGACAUGA